CAAUUCCGUUAAGACUCGAUGAUUCUAUUUAUUUGAUAUCCUCUGCUUCUAAACAAUUUCAUAUUCCCCAACGUCAUUAUUCUUUCACUACUGACGCAAAUAGCAACAAUUUAAUAGACUCUCUAACUUCAAAUUAUAUGUCUGUUUCAGCAACACUUUCUAAUAAUAACAGUGAUGAUCAAUUUCCAACUUUGUCAUCUUCUUCAUCACCAAUAUUACGAAAUAUGACUAAUAAUAUUAAGGAUAUUAUUGAUAGUAGUUUUUAUCAUUACAAUAAUAAGAAUGAUUGUCAUCAAAAUGAUGAUGAUAAUGAAGUUUUUGAAGGCAAUUAUAUUCCAAUUCAAUAUAAUUUCAAAUCUAUUCCUGAUUAUCCAGAUUAUGACCUAUGUGUGACUAUUCGUGUCUGUCCAAACUAUUUCAAUACCCAAAAUCAACAAGAAACAGUUAUAAAAGUAGAGCUUGGAGGAAUCAUGAUAGUGUUAGCUAUAAAAUCGAAAAGAUUGAAAAGAUGA